GCGGCCUCUUGGCAAGCUUUACGCAUUCCAAUCUGGCGACGCCGCCCUGACGCGCUGGGCAGCGUAAACAACGCCGACAGAAACGAGAGAAGCACCGAGAGCCCCGGUGACACAUCACAUCUUUUACAUUCCCGCGGACUGCGGGUCGUCUCCUCCGGGCGGCGUGUCAGAGACUUUGGGGUCCGGUUACCGUUGCGCGCUCUAAAUUUAGGGUUGCUUUGAGACUGACGCAAGAUAUCUGGGACACGAUCACUCUGCGGUAGCGGGGAACGAGGAUCCAUGGAAACGCGCCCUACACAUUCACCGCUACUGAUGACAAACAUUAUUUUUAGACUCUGCUGUCAUCAUUCGGUAACAACGAGGCCAAAGGCGUAUUGUAUAAAGGGAGGCUGUUGAAAAUGCACUUGUACAGUAGCGCGCUAACACACUACCCUGGAUCCUCUCGAAAAGUUUCGGUAACUCUUACCAGUGUCGUUAAUAACUCGACAAGCUCAAGUUCUUUGGAUCCGGUUGGUAGCGCCGUUAACGGAAACGCAACGGAAGCGUAUUUGGCCAGGGGGGAACGGACGGACGCAAAGAUGCCUGCUUUUUCUUGUUACGAGGCCACCUCGAUGAGGCCGAUUUUUUAUACAUCCACUGCCGAGAUUAUAAUCACACGACCGGAUGGUGUGGAGAGAUCUGUACCCAUUCACAUCGUUAAGGAGCCACACAGGAACCGCAAACCUUUGGAGCCACACCAUGGACGAAUUUCUCAUGCAGUCAAUGGAGAUGAUAAUGUUCAUUCUGGUUCCUUUUUGGGCGAUUUUGAGGACAGAGGGGAUAUUAAUUCUAUGAACUGUGAUAAGUUUUUUGACACAGAUGAUUAUAUAGUCUGUGAAAGGCAAGUGAAGCCAUUUAUCCCAAACGAUGCCACAACUUUUGGUACUGCACAGAUAUGCUCAUCUGAAGAUCCAGUCAAUAAUAAACCUCAACAGGAAGAUGACGGUGAACCUACCGACGAGCCCGUCUUCGAGCUGCAUGUCCUUCAGAAACCCACCUCAACACCCCCAAAAAGUGACAUUGGCAACAAAGUUACCCGUUACCUAGCCGAAGUGGAAAGACAAAACAAAUACCUCCAUGACAGGCAGAAAUACCGCUUUCACAUCAUCCCAGAUGGGAACUGCCUGUAUCGGGCCGUUUCCAAAGCUGCUUAUGGGGACCAGUCAAUGCACAAAGAGCUCCGAGAGCAAACCAUGCACCACAUCGCAGACCACCUGGAAGAAUUCAACCCCAUCAUAGAAGGUGACGUCGGGGAGUUUCUGAUCAAUGCAGCGCAGGACGGUGCAUGGGCUGGCUAUCCAGAGCUUUUGGCCAUGAGUCAGAUGCUGAACGCCAAUAUCUACCUGACCACUGGGGGUAGCGUGGAAAGCCCAACAGUUUCCACCAUGGUGCAUUACUUGGGAGAGGAGGACUUGUCUAAACCAGCCAUUUGGUUGAGCUGGCUCAGCAACGGUCAUUAUGACGUGCUGUUGGACAGCUGUCAGCCCAAUCCGGAAUAUGACGACUGGUGCCGUCACACCCAGGUACAGCGCAAAAGAGACGAGGAGUUGGCCAAGUCCAUGGCGGCGUCCCUCUCCAAAAUGUACAUUGAACAGAAUGGCCUGCACUGAAACCAAACAGAACCUUAAUUUGGAGAAUGUAUCUGGGAAUACUGUACUUGUACUGAUGUUUCCGAACGGAUUGCACUUUGAUUCCCUGUGUGAUUGAAUAUUGCCUUAAUUUAUUACAUUUUUAUCUGUGUGCAUUAUUGUUUCCAUAAACGUGUUGAAGUGCAGUGCACACAAUGAUGGUGAUAUGGAAAAUAAAGAUUGUUCGGGUCUGAACGAAUGUUUCUUAGAUUUUAUUGCAUGUGUGUCAGAAUUUGAAUUCUUGAGAAUAUUUUUUUAUGUGUAUUGUACAUAUUGUGUAAAACAGCUUUCCACCUAAAUGGAAAGUUUAGCACUUAUACAAACAUUACCACCAGUAUGUAAAUGUUUUUGUUAAUCUGUAUUAGUGUUCUGUUGUGUUAUAUAAACCAAAACGAUGUUUCUGAAAUUUCAAGUGCCUGAAAUCUAUUUUGUAACAGAUGUAUUUUGGAAUAAAUUCUUUGACGCAAUUUAAAA